AUGUGGCCCGUUCUCUCCACGCUUGCUGUCAUAUAUAUCCAGACGAUGCUGGUGAUGUGCAAUCCUUUACAGGUGUUUGGGGUUGAGGGGGUGAAUUUCAGCGUGCAUGUCGAAAACCAGACUCGUGCACGAGAUGCCAUGAGCCGUCGGCACCACAGAGUGUACCAGCUGUACAGCAGAACCAGUGGAAAACACGUCCAGGUACUAGGCCGACGGAUCAGCGCCAAAGGAGAGGAUGGAGACAAAUAUGCCCAGCUCGUAGUGGAAGCGGACACAUUUGGCAGUCAAGUACGAAUCCGGGGGAAAGAGACCAAUUACUAUCUGUGCAUGAACCGCAGGGGCAAACUGGUUGGCAAGAAGGCUAGCAAUCGCAGCGCAGACUGUGUCUUUGUGGAAAUGGUUCUGGAGAACCAUUACACGGCGCUAAUGUCGGCACGCUAUACGGGCUGGUAUGUGGGUUUCACCAAGAGGGGACGACCUCGCCGCGGUCCGCAAACGUUGCCCAACCAACAAGACGUCCAUUUUAUGAAACGUUUUCCGCCCGGUGAGCAGCCCGACCUGCAGCCUUUCCGUUUCACCACGGUUAGCAAACGCAGCAAGAGGGUCCGUGCUGCGCGACCACGCUAG